AUAUUUUGUUUUCAAUUUCUCUGUAUGAACACAAGGCCAUUUUAAUAUGUGCAAGAAGAAGAUAAAGAUUUGUAUGGUCUCAUUCAUACUGCUUGCUGCUAUUGCGGGAUCAAUGGUCCCAUUGAUAGACUACAGUUACCCUGUAAAUCAAGCUAUUAAGAAGUUACUGGUGCUAGCCGAAUACAGUAUGACAUAUGAUUUGUGGAAAGAUAUCCCAUUGCCUAUAUUCCUCCAGUUCUACAUCUUCAAUGUGGAGAAUCCUGAGGAAGUGAUGAAUGGAUCAAAACCUAUUCUAACACAGACUGGUCCUUACACUUACAGAGAGAGAAGAUUGAAGGUCAAUAUUACAUGGAACCAGAAUGGAACCAUCAGCUAUAGACAGAUACGUAAAUAUACAUUUGAUCCAGAAAUGUCUGCUGGAAAUGAAACAGAUUUGAUUACCACCAUCAAUCCAGUAGUUGCUCUGAUUGCUCAGAAAAUGAAAUGGAUGCCAUCAGACAUCAAGAAAUAUUUUUCUAACCUCUUGAAUGUGACAAAUGAAGAAAUGUUUAUGACCAGGCCAGUCAAGGAACUGUUGUGGGGUUAUGAUGACCCUGCCCUUAUCAGGAUAAAAUUCUUGAGACGCUUUUUCUUAGACAAGACUUUUAUAGGAUAUUAUACACAGAGAAAUUACUCAGAUGAUGGUGUCUACACAAUAUACACUGGAGCUACUGACAUUCAAUUGCUGGGACUGAUAACCAGAUAUAAUGGACAAAGUGCACUUGAUAUUUGGUCUACACCAUGGGCUAAUAUGAUCAAUGGAACAGAUGGUCUGUGGAGUCCUCCAGCUAACCCAAACAAGCAAGAAGUUUCCAUGUUUAAUUCUGACAUAUGCAGGUCAGAAAGAUUCUAUUACACAAAGAAAGUCACAAUAUGUCAAAACAUCAAUCUUCGUCGAUUCGAAUAUAAAAAAUUUGACUUCCUGAAUGCCGUUCAUAAUAGAGACAACCUUGGUUUUUGUGUUCCGCAAACUCAUUGCCUGCCAAGUGGUCUGUUGAACGUAACCAACUGUCCGAGGUCAGGUAAUGGUUUUUCGAUGCCUGUAAUAGAGUCCUUGCCGCACUUCCUGUAUGCUACACCUAAAACCAUUGACAGUGUUGUGGGUCUAAAUCCUAAUGAGGCUGAACAUACUUCUUAUGUUGAUAUUGAGCCUUGGACUGGAUUUUUUUUACAAACCUCAAAGAAACUACAGAUCAAUAUCUUUACAGAGCAAGUAUCAGACUUUAAACAGACCGAUGGCAUUAAGACAAGCUAUUUCCCCAUUUUCUGGCUGAAUGAGAAAACUGCUAUAAAUGAGAUCCAUGCUGGCAUGUUGACAGAAUCACUCUUUACUCCCAUAGAGAAAGCUGAGAAGUUGAAAGAGAAACUCUUGAUGAUUAAAUACCUACUCAUGUCUCUAAGUAGUUUCCUUAUUCUCUUAACUGUAGCUGUUUGGGUCUUGGACUCAUUUAUAUGUCACCAUGGAAAAAAGGAUAAUAUUCACCAUGAGGACCCAUCAACGCCCUGUCUCAAAACUAGUAGCAUUACCUAUAACAAGGUAAAAGUCUUGAGUGAUGGCUAUCAGAGAUUGACCACAUGAUCAGCACGUAAAACAAACUGGAGAUCAAAACAUUUUAAAUUGUUUGGUUUAUUCAAGAUAGAGGACACCUUUUCAAACAAAAAUUCAAUUAUGUGUAUUUUUAUAUAUUUUAUAACAAAAUUUUGUUCAUAUUUCAUCAUUAUUAAUAUCCAUGGAAGUUUUUCUUAAUAUUCAGUAUUUGUUUGGUUACAGACUUAGAAUGUUUAAAAAAAAAAUGACUAACAUCUCAACAUUAUCUCUUUGUCACAUUAAUCUCCAUUCAGUGUUGGGGGGAUGCAUUGGGGGAGGGGGAUUUUUUUUUUUCACUACAUUUCCACAACACAUAAUCAGAAGGACCUUUUGACACACACAUUUCUUGAGUGUCCUUGACACAUUUGGCCAAUUCAAUCACUACUUUUCUCCUUUUUGAAGACAUUGGGUCACUUUUAGUGGUCCAAAAUAGAAUUGUACUUUUCCAUUGUUUCUAGGUCAAAAGAAAUAGACUUCCUUUUCAAGAUUUUAGACAAGAUUUAAUAAUGGAUCAUUCUGAUAAAUGCAUUUAAAAGAAGCAUAAUAAUAUUUAUAACCAUGAUUAAUUUAUGUAAUAUAACUGUCUAGAUACAUAUUUAUGACUCAUGUGCAUAUAUUGGUAUGUAGUGAGCUCAUUUAUGAUUUUAGUUGACAUAUUGUAUGCUUUCAUUUGUUUUAAUGCUAGCUGCCUGUGGCUGGAGUGACUGACAUGUUAUAUAAAUCAUUAAAAAGUAAUUAAAUGUUUUCUUAUUAUUAUUUCUAUUUUUUCUUGAGUAAUGUAGAUUCAGAAGUCUGAGUUUAAAAAAAAGAUUAAAUAGACUACUAUUAGAUUUAUAACACUUUUAUUUACAGUUCCUCUCAUUAGCUUGCAAACUCUUCAUGGCUGGAAACUGGAAACAUUUUGGUGAUUUGGAAAACACCUCUAAUGA